AUGAAAGAUUUGGAACCUCUCUCACCAGACAUGUGUGGAAUUCUCGGUCUCCUUCUUCACGACCCCCUCGCCACCCAGACAGUCCAGGCGGGCACGGAAAUUGCUGAUGGUCUCUCCCUCCUCCAACACCGUGGCCAGGAUGCUGCCGGUAUCGUGACCUGUGGCUCGGGUGGCCGCUUCUACCAGGUCAAGGCGAACGGCAUGGUCCGCGACGUCUUUGACGCUCAGGGCAUCGCCGGCCUCAAGGGCUGGAUGGGUGUUGGCCACGUGCGCUACCCCACCGCGGGUUCUUCGGCCCACGCCGAGGCACAGCCGUUCUACGUCAACUCGCCGUACGGCAUUACCUUUGCGCAUAACGGCAACCUGAUCAACACGGUCGAGCUUCGCCAGUUCCUGGACGCCGACGCGCACCGUCACGUCAACACCGACUCGGACUCGGAGCUUAUGCUCAACAUUCUUGCCAACAACCUUCAGAAGACUGGCAAGUUCCGUAUCAACGAGGAGGACAUCUUCACCGCCAUCGGCGACCUCAUGAAGCAGUGCAAGGGCGCCUACGCUUGUGUUGGUAUGCUUGCUGGCUUCGGUCUGAUCGCCUUCCGUGACCCCAACGGUAUCCGUCCCGCCGGCUUCGCGACCCGCAAGGGCGCCAGACUCGGUACAGACUACGUCGUUGCGUCCGAGAGCGUCGCAGCUCAGGCCCUCUCGUUCGAGAACUGGGAGGACAUUAAGCCCGGAGAGGCGCUGAUCAUAACCCGCGACAAGGGUCUCACUCGCCGCGUUGUCGCUGAGCCUGCGCCCUUUGCGCCCGACAUCUUCGAGCACGUCUACUUCGCCCGCCCCGACUCGACCAUUGACGGCAUCAGUGUCUACCGCGCCCGUAUGGCCAUGGGGGAGUACCUCGCUGAGGAGACCAAGCGCGUGCUCGAGAAGCACAACGUCAAGGUCGACGUUGUCAUCCCCGUUCCCGACACGUCGCGUGUGUCUGCUCUGCAGCUCUCGCAGCGCCUCGGCAUCCCGUACCGUGAGGGCUUUGUGAAGAACCGCUACGUCGGCCGCACCUUCAUCAUGCCGGGCCAGACGCAGCGUCGCAAGAACGUGCGCCGCAAGCUCAACGCCAUGCCCAUGGAGUUUGCCGACAAGACUGUCUUGCUUGUUGACGACUCGAUUGUGCGCGGUACGACCUCGAAGGAGAUUGUGCAGAUGGCCAAGGACGUUGGCGCAAAGAAGGUCAUCUUUGCUUCGGCUGCCCCUGCCAUCCGCUACUCAAAUGUGUACGGCAUCGAUAUGCCGUCGCCCCAGGAGCUCGUUGCCUACGGCCGCACCACUGAGGAGGUGGCAGAGACGAUCGGUGCAGACCUUGUCAUCUACCAGAACCUCGAGGACCUCGUCGAGGCUUGUCGCCAGUUCAACCCCGAGAUUAAGCAGUUCGACUGCUCCGUUUUCACGGGCGAGUACGUCACCGGCGGCGUCGAUGAGCGCUACCUCGAGCACAUCCAGAAGCUGCGCAGCGACAAGGCCAAGGCCAAGAAAGCCGGUAUCAAGAUCGAGAUGGCUGAGCGCGAGUUCGAGGCCAACUGCUCCGGGCCCAUGAACAGCGCUGACUCCCUCAUCGGCCUCCCUAACCACUCUCCUAAGCUUGGGCCUAACUCGAUGCCCUCCCCCCAGGACACUGUCGGCCUGCACAACUCGUGGCACGGCGGCGCAUAA